AUGGCCAUUGUUGCUGUAGAAGUCAUCUCCAUAGUUUUUGUCUGCUCAUGGAUCAAGCCUAUGCAUACGAUUAAGGCACGUCAUAAAGCCCAGAUAUCAUACGGCCUUGUCGUAGUAGCCAUGUUAUUGGUCUGGACCUGGUUACAAAAGGUGGAGAGACAUCCCUUGCCACAAGUUGAUCCGAUGAGAGAUGAUGGCAAGCAUUGGCCUGCGGUCCUGGUUCAUUCGUGUUCCCUAGAUGACAGUGUCGUGAGGCUAUCAGUGCCGAGCCUAAGGGCGCCCUUUGGGGCCUCGGUGGUUGACAGCUGCUUCAAUGAAGAGCAUCGAGUCGCUCUCAAGAGGGCUGGCUGUGCGACUGAUCCUAGAUCGUCGAGCUGCAUUACUGCGUUGCGGAACAUCGCUGCUGGGUUUUCAGGGAGACCAGGAAUUCUAGAAGAUGGACUUCGCUAUCAUGUCUUCGUUUAUUCAUCUUCUGGUGAACACACCUCGUCGAACAGACCACUUGUGCUGGAAAAUUUUGCAAUCGUUGAUGUCCGUGACCACGCAUUCGGUGUGGAGUGGGUCUAUGAGACUGUAUGGUUCCCCGCGCGAUCUGACAACUUCCGGAAGACUAUGGGAUUUGCACUGUCCAGUCCUCGGCAGCAGUUGACCUUCUUGCUGGUCAAUGACGCUGCUAACUCUGCGAGAGCCCACUGGGACUUUCAGCAUGAUGUGUUCGAUAACUAUAUGAAGCCCCUUGUUGACGGCUAUCUCCAGCAGAUUUUCGACAUUGAAGUUGAUUCACAAGUUGUUCACGGAGCCGUCUUGCCUGCAGCGACUCGCAAGACUAAACGCAAUGGUGUUCACCGGUUGAGGAGUGUCAAGCAACUGCGACAACUACUGACAGAAGCCAGCCGUUGGGGGAGGCCUGAGACCCUCAAGCGUGGGUACAGGAAGCUACCGCACACGAUACAUCUAGCCGCCUAUGUAUCGCCCGAUAAUGUAACAGUCACAGUUGGACCAGCAGACAAGUCAAGUGUGGGCAUUCCUGGCUGGGGUGUGGUCGCCUUCGUCCAAUCAGUGGCUGAUCAUGGCUAUGCUACAGGGAUGUGGCAUGCACACUUGAGGGCUUACCUGGGAUUCGAACCCGUGCCCUCUUGCGACGAAGCUGUCGGCUGGUUGUGUGUCGAUCCGACUAACGGUCUGACCAUACCUGAGGUGUUUGAACUCGUGCGAGAAGCAAUUAUCUUCUAUCGCAAUGCAACACGGAAUACUCUGAUACAGCUCGAUGAUCUGGUUGAAAGCCUCCCUCAAGUGGCCGUCUCACAGGACAUAGCGGCUCGAGCUGCAGUGGCUGCACACAGCAUCGAUAACGAUCUGGUGGAUGCGAAUGAAAUUGGUGUAGCUUUGGAAAUGGCAAGGAAAAGUUAUGAGGAAAGCGUCGAUGUUCUCUACGAUGACAGCAUAUCCGCGAGCAGCUAUUUCAGUCAGGAGUUCACUUUGGCGGUGUAUUUACCGAUCGCCGCGCCUCUUCUCAUUCCAAUUGUCGUUAACCUGUUGCAAGAAGUCCGUCUGUGGCGGAGGAGUCGACACGGGGCUGAAGGAAACCACGAGAAGAUUGACUAG